AUAAUAACUAAAAAGGCAGGUGGGUUUGCUAUUGGUUCCUUCACGCAGCUGAUGCCAGCCUCUGAAUCUAUAUAUUUCCCUUCCACAGCUUUGUUAUCACUUGUCAGACACAGAGGAGCCCUGGCAGGUGCUUAGGUGCAGCCAGUGCAGUGAGAGAGAGGGGACAUUGCAAGUCAGGCUGGCAAUGAAGGGACAUCUCUCCAUUUUGGUGCUGUGGCUUCUUCUCCUCACAGUUCAGGACGUAGCAGGUGCUGAUGAGCUGAGGCUGGCGGAUGGAGGCAGCCCCUGUGCCGGGAGAGUGGAGGUUAAACACCAGGAUCAGUGGGGGACGGUGCGUGAUGAUGGCUGGGACAUGGCAGAUGCUGGAGUUGUCUGUAAGCAAUUGGGAUGUGGAUCUGCUGUCAAUGCCCCUGGAAAUGCACAUUUUGGACGAGGAUCUGGACCAAUUUGGCUAAAUAACGUUGCCUGUGAUUAUACCAAGUCUGCUCUUUGGCACUGUGGGAUCAGGAGAUGGGGUGAGAGUGAAUGCGGUCAUGGAAAGGAUGGUGGAGUGACUUGUUCAGGUGUCAACGAGCUGAGGCUGGCGGAUGGAGGCGGCCCCUGUGCCGGGAGAGUGGAGGUUAAACACCAGGAUCAGUGGGGGACAGUGUGUCAGACUGGCUGGGACAUGGCAGAUGCUGGGAUUGUCUGUAAGCAGUUGGGAUGUGGAGCUGCUGUCAGUGUCCAUCAUAAUGCUCAUUUUGGAGCAGGAUCUGGACCAGUUUGGCUAAAUAACGUUGCCUGUGAUAGUACCAAGUCUGCUCUUUGGCACUGUGGGAUCAAGAGAUGGGGUGAGAGUGACUGCGGUCAUGGAGAGGAUGCUGGAGUGACCUGUUCAGGUGCUGUUGAGGUGAGGCUGGUGGAUGGAGGCAGCCCCUGUGCUGGGAGAGUGGAGGUUAAACUCCAGGAUCGGUGGGGGACGGUGUGUAGUGAUCGCUGGGACAUGGCAGAUGCUGUGGUUGUCUGUAAGCAGUUGGGAUGUGGAGCUGCUGUCAGUGUCCAUCUUAAUGCUCAUUUUGGACGAGGAUCUGGAGCAAUUUGGCUGGAUGAAGUUGCCUGUGACGGUAGCGAGUCUGCUCUCUGGCACUGUGGGAAUGAGGGAUUUGGUGAGAGCGACUGCGGUCAUGGAGAGGAUGCUGGAGUGACCUGUUCAGGUCUGACAGAGAGGACGGAUUCUCCAAAUAACCCAGCUGACAGUGGGAGACUCACAGCACCCGUCAUCAUCUGCGUUAUCCUGGGGGCCCUGCUCUGCCUGGUCUUAAUCAUCCUGGGGGCAAAGGUGCGAAAUGCCAGGGCACAGCACAGAGUUUCCAGAAGACCCUUGGAUCCCUUCUCAGAGGCCGUGUAUGAGGAGGUCGAUUAUAACCUGAUGAGAGAGAAGCAGGAGAUGUUCAGUCGCUCAGUCUCCUAUUCAGAUGACUCAGUGGCGAAGCUACAGUAUGAUACCAGGGACAGUGAAGGGGAAAACGAUCCUGGAUCAGAACAAGACGGAGCUUCCCCAGGUGAGUCUCAGCUGGAUUACGAUAACGUGGAGGAGCCUGCCUUGAACGACGUCCCCCAGACUCCAGACGGCCGAGAUGCCCCUGCCCUGCCUGGAGAUGUCACAGGAGAUGAUGCCAGAGAAGUGUCUGACCCUGAAGGUGACCCUGGAUUGGGGCAGAAUGAUGAGCAAGGCACUGGGGUGAAUGACAGGGACAAGGAUUCACAGACAGGUUGGAGUCGGCACUCGCUAAGGAGUGAAGUUAUUUCUGGGAUGGAGAAGGAAACCCCGUCUCUGCCUCCUGGAGACACAGGUUAUGAUGAUGUGGGACAUGCUCUGCGCAGACAGCUGGCACGGCAGACCUCGAGCAAACUGCCCAAUGACCACAAAAUCCAUUAA